AUGGCUUCCAUCGCUCGCCGCAUCGUCAGCGGCCAAAAGGCUCGCUUCAAGGAUCCCCUGCUCGAUCUCGACCUCGACCUCACCUAUGUCACGGACAACAUCAUCAUCAUGGGCUUCCCCGCCUCGGGCGUCCAGUCGCUCUACCGCAACAAGCGCUCCGACGUCCGCCGCUUCCUCGACAAGCGUCACGACGACCUCUACCGCGUCUACAACUUUUGCCCCCUCACCGAAAACUCGUACGAUCCCGACGAGUUCUACGGCCGAGUCUCGCGCUUUCCCUUCCCAGACCACCACGCCCCGCCGCUCAGCCUCAUCCCGCUCUUCGUCGCCGACAUCACCGACUUCCUCGAGUCCGACCCGGACGCAACCGCCGUCAUCCACUGCAAGGCCGGCAAGGGAAGAUCGGGCACCAUGACCUGCUGCUACCUCGUCUCGCUUCCUUACCUCCCCACCGCUCCCACCAGCAUCAAAAACUACAGCAACAUGCAGCGCCCCGAGACAAAGCCAGAUGCCGCUGCCCCACCUCAACCUGCACCCCGGGACACGGCGACACAAGCAGCUGCCGUCGUCCAGCGCCAUCCCAUGCACUCGCUCGACGAGCAUGUGCCCUUGCCCCCCGAGCGCAGCAGCAGCAUGACCCUCCAGAUCCCACGCUCGGCAGCCUGGACAGACGCAGCGCAGGGCGAAUCCAUCAAUGCACCGCCGGGCGCUCCGUCCGCACGCGCAACGCUCCGCAGGAGACCCUCGCUCGCGCCCGAGCAGAGCAUCAUCUGCAACAACGACCACGACCCGCAGGCCGAGGUGCAGCAGAUCUCACAGCGGCUCCAGACCAUCUUUGACCUGCACACACAGCGUCGCAUGAAGCCCGAGUCGAGCAACAAGGCGUCGGGACGUCGACGUGCGCGCUCCAACGCGACUGGUCUGCGGCCCUCGGCGCACUCGACCGGCGCCAUGCCAUCGGCUGCAGCAUCGACCAUCUCGUUGCGCGCGCUGGGCGCCGGUCCGGCCGGCCGCAGCUGCGAUGCGCUCCACAGGACCAGCCAGAGCACGCACGACUUUGGCUCCGGUCUGCACUCGCGCUUCGCCACCCACAGCCGCGCCAGCACCAGCAUGUCCUACGCGCCCGACACGAGCUCCUUCUACAACACCGACCUCGGCUCGUCCAUGAUGGAUUCGUUCGUGCAGCGUGAAGGCUCUGGUACUGACGAUGACGACUCGGUGGCGGUCAAUCAGAAUACCGAGGACCACAGCGAUACCAAGAAGCCGCGCAUGGGUGUAUCCAUCCCGAGCCAGCGCCGUUGGGUUGGCUACUGGACGCGCAUCCUGUCGGGACGCGAUGCGCGGCUGUCGAUGACCUCGGUGGUGCGCCAGCCGCGCCGUCAGAUCCGCAUCACUCGCGUCUCGGUCGAGCGCACCGCCUCGCCGCACGCCAAAAGCGCACAGAGCUGGAUCGAGCGGCUCGUGCCGCACUCGGAUGCGCUGAGCGUCCAGCUCGCGCGGUACGACGACUCGCUCGUAGACCGUCUCGAGUCGUGGGAGCGCCAUGCACGCCGGCGCGCCAAGGCCUUCGGCCAAAACGACCCGUCCGGUCUGGCGGGUGAUCUGGAUGCCGAGGAGCAGCACCAGAAACAGUACCUCAAGACGCUCCGCAGGAAGGCGUCGCAUCUGCAGUGCUGGGACGGCAACAAGUUCGACGACGACCACGAGACCAAGAUCGGCAACUGGGGCGUGCAUGUCCAGGCCGAGGCCGAGCGCGCAAGGGCGUUCGAUUGGAGGGACGACCAGCCGCAGCUCAACUACUUUGCGCUCUUUGCAGAGAGCCAGCCGCGCCAAGCUGUCCAGGGCGCCAGUCAGAAGUUGUGCAGGUACACUUUUGAGUCGCAGCAGCAGGCGGCGCAGGCACGUCACUCGUCCACCUCGAGUGCGGAUUCGGGCUACUACUCGUCCAAUGCUGCAUCGCCCGAUGAGGCCGCUGACCACGGCGCGCGCGCUCCAGCCGACGCGCAGCAUCUCAAGCCCGAAGCUGCGAACCAGCCGCUACUGCGUCGAAUGACCCGCAAGGCUUCCGGCAUGCUCCGCACCUCGAGCAACGAUGCACCGCGCGGUCAAGACGUCACUCCGCCUUCGUCCACAUCGUAUCUGCCCUCCACCGCCCAGCCCACUGCUGCGGUUACGGACGGCGAAGAGCUGGUGGUGGGCCAGGUGUUGGAUGCCGACCGCGAGGUGUGUGUCAAGGUGCUCGUCGGUCGCACGGGCACCAAACACGCCAAGCUGCCCGACGUCGCCUCUGCAGGAUGGUGCUGGUUCAUCCCGUCCUUCGAAGACCCCGAUGCAGGCAGCGCCGGUAUGGCCAGCAUCGGCGCACGUACGGUCAUUCGCUUUGACAAGGACGAGAUCGACUUUCGCAAACAACCGCUCGGCCUCGUCGCCAUCGAGGUCGAGUGGGAGUGGCUCAGCGUCGGCGAACACGACGACCUCGCCAAUAGCACAGAUAGCUAG